UCAAUGUCGAGCGAUUCGCCACGGCCGCCAGAAGUAGUCACCGAGUCGGAAGCAACAUGUGCUGUACACGCGAUUCCUAGUUGAGUGCGGUUAGGGUUUUUGACGCUCGUGCCGCCGACGAAGCCGUUACCGCGCUCUGCCGCUAACCAUCGCCGGUAAUAUUAUUAUUAUUAGUGUCCUGACCGUUUUGUUCGUGAGUCUCUCGCCGCUUCCGGUUACUAUAAAUCGUAUAGUAUUGUUGUUUCGUGAUUUUCGUCCGUUUUUGUGUGUUUCGUCCCCUCGGAACGUUAAAACAAUUUGAAAAAUCCAAAAACUGGCGUAUCGGCACAAGAACGAUUUUUACGGAGGUGUCAUGUUUCCGGGCGGUUGUUGCGACGAUCCUGCGACGUUACCGCCGUCCACGUACGCGGGCGGCGAAAUGAUGCCUCUCGCCGUAACUGGUUUUACACCGACCGCCGCAUUAGACCGCCAUCGUCACCCAUACGCGCCACAUCUUCAGCCGCACCACCAGCACAGAAACCCGCAGUCUUCGUACCACCAACUCCGUGACUCGCAGAUGCAGCACCGCGACCACAGAAAUAUGUGCGCCGCGAUGUCUUCGUCUCCGGUUACGUCGUUGGACAACGGCUACCGUUCCAUGUCAUCGUCGUCACUGUCGUCACCCAUGUCAUCCUCGUCGUCGUUGUCGCCCUUGUCGUACCGACCGGUCUACUCGCCCAAUCAACCGUCGUACGACUGCCACGGCGUACCCGCUCAUCCAUCGGUGGCCGACUUCCCGCCACAGUCGCACAACCAAUAUUACAUGACUUACGACAAUAAUCUUCCCCCGUUAGUCGGCCCCAACGACGCGCAAAUGCCGGUGCCCACACAUCUGUCGAGCCACACUACACAAAACAACAACAACUAUUACAACAAUAACAACAACAACAACAACAACUACAACAACUACAACAUCAAAUACAACAACAUCAACAAUAACAACAACCCUUAUACUGAUCUGUACGAAUACCGGGACUCGGUCGCCGAUAAACCCGCUGCAAACAAUUCCAGCCGACAAAGUCGAAAUCUGGCAGAAAAACACCGACGAGAGAAGUUGAAUAAUUGUAUCACAGAACUUUCUAAACUUGUUCCACUGAUAUCAAAUUCUUCUAAAAAAAUAGAAAAGACUAGUGUUCUUCGACUCAGUGCUGCAUAUCUUCGACUGAAUCGAUUCUUAGCCGGAAUAAAAGAACAACCUAACGAACUGCCAGCUUGCGUAAAGAAGGUUAAUAUGGCUGAUCUUCUGUUGGACGAUAACGAUAUAUACCUUAUGGUCACAUCAGGUGGAAAAAUUGUGUUUGUUUCUCACUCCGUGGAAAAUAUAUUAGGCUAUUCACAGAUCGAUCUCAUGGGCCAAUCACUUUUUAAUAUUGCCAAUCCCAAAGAUCACGAGGAGCUUAAAAAAAACCUGAAGUAUCAAGAUGAUGAAAUCUCAAACGACACCAGUAUCAUUUCAAAUGAUGAUUCUUCACUGAAUGUUAAACAAAAUAGUAAUGGAAAUUUUAAAAUACAACGUCGAUCAUUUUAUUUACGAUUGAUCAAGAAAGUGGUUUCUCGUGAUGAACAACCAGAGUUGGAAUUGGUACAUGUGAUGGGAACAUUAAUGGUUCAAAAUUCCGGAACAAAAAAUAAUGAAAUUGGCGAAAAUGAUAUAGUGUUGAAUGCAGUUGUUAGGCUAUUCAAUGAACGACGUGUGACUGAAGUAUCAAUGUUAGAAGCCACCCGUGAAGAAUAUAUAACCAGACAUCAAAUUGAUGGUCGUAUAAUAUAUGUUGAUCAUAGAAUUUCUAUUGUAUCUGGAUUCAUGCCUCAAGAAGUAUCUGGACAAUUGGCGUUCAAGUAUAUGCAUAAAGAUGAUGUACGUUGGGUGAUGAUCGCUCUAAGACAAAUGUAUUUUAAGGGUCAAAGUUUCGGAAGUAGUUGCUAUAGAUUAUUGUCAAAAAAUGGAGAAUUUGUGUAUAUGAGAACACAUGGUUUCUUGCAAUUGAAUCCAAAUGAGGAUAAAAUUGAAUCAUUUAUUUGCGUUAAUACUUUAGUGCCCCCAGAACUAGGAAAAUUAGAAAUAAUCGAAAUGAAAAAACGCUUUACACCAUUAAUAGUUGCUGCAUCUGAACCUGGAAUUGCUGCAAUAACUAAUAAUCAAUUUAUGGAAAAAGAAUCUACUGUAACAAUAGAAGAUGUUACAGAAGAUCUUAAUACAUUAGACAAAGUGGUUGAACAAAUGAUUCAAAAUAUUCCUGAACCGGCUAUGGACAAUUUUAAAGUUACUGCAAAGAAUCCUGGACCUUUACCUGAUAACCAAGAGUAUAUGAGGGUUGCACUUUUGUCCAAGUCAAUACCACCAGUUUCAGUAGCAUCUAAUGCGCCAAAAAUUUAUAAACGAUCAUCUCUAUCCCCUCAGCCCAAUAUUAAGCCAGUAACUCAGGAUCGACCAUCUGUACUUAGAGUGGCGCCACCAAUUGCUCGACAACCUGUACUAGUUUACAAUCAUCAAACUUAUGACAAAACUACAGAGAAAGACCGAGCUUAUUUAGAGCGUAGGGGUGGCAUAUUUGUCUUACCCAAAAGACAAAACGAUUCUCAAGUAAUACAAGAUAACUUGCCAAAAAAAGCAAAAAUGGUUUUAGAGACACAAGUGGAAUCACCUACCUGUAGCAAUUACAGUAAUCUAGUAGAUUCACAGUCUGAUAAUCAGCUUAUCACUAAAGGAGGUAUUGAUAAUUUUUCUAAUUUCCAAGCUACUCCAAUUCAACUAAUUUCACACAACAUCGAUGAACACAAUAUUGAUCCUUUAAUUGCUGAUGUGACAGAUAUUGAUCAUUUUUCGAAAGUAUUGGCCGAUAAUGACUUGUUCUUGGGACCAGAUAGUUAUGAUUCAUAUGUUUCUGGUGUUUAUGAUGAAGUAAAUCCAAUUGAUAUCAUUGAAAAUCCUUUAAUUCAAAGCCUACAAUACAAUGGGAGUUUAGAAAGUGCAUUACUUGAAAAAAAGCAGAACACACUUAAGACAAAAAUGGACCAACAGCAAGGUCAACUGAAAGAAAUCCAGACAGAGUUAAAUUCGCUUUCUUCAAAUGCUAACACUCAUUUUCUGGCUUCAGAUUUUUCUCACUUAAAGGCUGAACAUGAGCAUCAACAACAAGUGUUGCGUGAACUACAAGGAGUUCACCAAAACAUUGGAGUGUGACUAUCAACUAUCAAUACAAUAUUAUGUAACUUAAUAUUUCACUUGGCACAUAUGAUUGGCAUGAUAUACUUCCAUUCUUAUGAUACUGGCUUCUUGAGAAAUACAAAUUAAAUAUAGAACAUCAUAACCAAAUUAAAGCUGUAAAUUGUAAACUACUUGUUAAUUUGUAUUUAUAUAUAUACAUAUAUAUAUAUAUGUAUAUGUAUAUAUUUUCUUUCAACUUAAAUUUAUUUAGUGUCAUUUGUCUUAUUUCCUAAGUUAUCUAUUUGUUAUAGUUUUAGUUAUUAUUACUAUUAUUAUUAUUAUUAUUAUUAUUAUAAUCGUUACCUAGUAUUUGUAUGAUACUACUAUAAGGUAGUUACAAAGACUCCUAAGUUACUUUACCUUUUGUUGUUUUGUUUUACAUUCUUUUAUAUGGCAGAUGCUCAAAAAAAUUAAUAGUGACUGACUCGUGUUCAUUAUUAUACAUCUUUAUUAAUUUUUUUUUUUUGUAAUAUUUUAAUAAAGUUAUCAACAAACUCAAACAUAUAUUUUUAUAGCAUCGCAAUUACAACUUUUUCAAUAUAUCACCAAAACAGGUGGUUAAACUAUUAACAAUUUUUUAAUAACAAUUUUUUGUCAGUGCCAUGAGUUUUCCCAAUAUCAACAUGAAAUGAUCUUUAAAUUAUAUGUUACCACAAUAUUAUCCUUUCCAUUUAUAAUUUUAAAUUAU